ACUAUAUAAAUGGGUGGAGUUUUUUAAUAGAAGUUAUCGAUAGCGCUUAAAUUGCAUUUUAUGAAGUCGAUUACCUAUAUAACUUGACUCAUGAACUGUUUUUCUUCAAAAUAAACUUGCGUUAAAUAGUUACAUAUGUUUUAAAAAAUAAAAAUGCAAGCAAUAAAAUGUGUCGUUGUUGGGGAUGGAGCUGUUGGUAAAACAUGUUUGUUAAUUAGCUACACAACAAAUGCAUUUCCUGGUGAAUAUAUUCCAACUGUAUUUGAUAACUAUUCUGCAAAUGUGAUGGUAGAUGGGAAGCCUAUAAAUUUAGGGUUGUGGGAUACAGCAGGCCAGGAAGAUUAUGACAGACUCCGACCUCUUUCGUAUCCACAAACAGAUGUCUUUCUCAUUUGUUUUUCGCUCACAAGCCCUGCAUCAUAUGAAAAUGUUCGUGCAAAAUGGUAUCCAGAGGUAAAUCACCACUGCCCAAAUACUCCUAUUAUUCUUGUAGGAACAAAACUCGAUUUACGCGAUGAUAAAGAAACAAUUGAAAAACUUAAAGAAAAAAAGCUUGCGCCCAUUACAACAGCACAAGGUUUGCAAAUGGGAAAAGAGAUAACAGCUGUGAAAUACUUAGAAUGCUCCGCGCUCACUCAAAAAGGACUGAAACAAGUUUUCGAUGAAGCAAUUAGAGCUGUUCUAUGUCCCAAAAAACCUCCAAAGAAGAAGAAGAACUGCACGUUAUUAUAAAAUUUUAAUUUAAGAAUUGUUUAAAUUAAAAUGGCGAUAAAUUAAACAGAAGUUUAUACUUUUUAACUUAAAGGUUUUAAUGAGCUAUCUGCUUGUAAAAAGUAUGUAAAAUUAAGUAUAAGAGCGCACUUAGCUUUUCACUGAAAGUUGUGUAAAGAAAUUUCUAGAGAAAUAUUUUAAAGCAUUCAUAUAAAAGAACAUUUUUGCACUACUUUUUUUUUUUUUUUUUUUUUUUUACUAUUUAGUGUGCUUGUGUGUUCUGUGCAUAGUAGCUAACGUAAAAUUUUAUUACAAGUAAGAAAAAUUUUUAUGUCAAUUUUUAAAAAACAGCAAUCUUCUGGAGGGAAUUUUCUCUUAAA